GGUGCAUGGCGUUUGCCAAUGACCAGCGAUAACUGUGAUGUUUCAGCAGAGCGACAUUCCAUAGCAGGAAUUUGUUUCAUCCAUGGUGGUUAGGGUGGAGCUCAAGCGACAGGAGUUAUUCUCAUAGCUCUAUAAAUCGCGAAGUGGAAUCUCGACAACCUCUCAGCAUCGAUAAUACCGAGUUUCAAAGUAGCUACUCAGCGCCACGUCCAACACCGAACACAACCACAAACCCACCCAAGAUGCGACCAUCAUCUUCAUUACGAACAUCUCGAGCACGAGCACGGCGAAUGGAUAUAGAAUCAGGUCAAGACCAGCAAAACAUCAUUCUCCGUGAUAUCGAGCGGACGAGAUAUGAUAUAGGCAAAGUGCGCGAGGAUAUGGAUAAAUUGACCAAGAAAUUACAAUCCAUGGCCACAGAUAUUACGAGUACAAAAACUAGAGUUAGUAAUAUGGAACAAACCCUUGUGUCGACACAAGAAGUGAAUGUCAAUCUACAAAUUCUGCUGGAGAGAGCAGUGUUGUCACAAAAGAAGGUGGAUACGGAUACCAUGCAGCGAGUGCGGCAAUUUCAAGGCGAUCUUUCCAAGAUUCUUGACGACAAUGAGGAAAUGCAAACCCGCGUCUCUUCGAUGGAGAGCAACCAGUAUACCUAUGAUGGAAGAGUGGCCGAUCUCAACAACCAAGUCCGAGAAUAUGCAAACUUAUUGGAGCAAGCAAGAGACACUAUCCACUCCAUGGCAGAUAUAGCACCAAGUGUAGCAUCGUCGGAAGAAUACCCCAGUUCGGAAACUAAUGCGUCGUCGUCUCGUCGAGCUAGUAUUGCUUCAUCGUGGGCAACGGAAGAUGAAGGUGUUGGAAAAAAAGAAAGCGAAAUAACGUCGAUCACUUCACCUAAACUCACCUACACCACGGUGGAAAACAAGGAUAUGUUGCGAAAUCGUAUUAUUCGAACCAACGCUAUCAGCUCAGACAAGGAGACCGCUACAGGACUGAAAUUGCUACUAUCCGAUAAGAGUUUCCAACGAAGGUCAUAAACGAACGGC